AUGGACCCCCGUACCAGUGCCCAAGACGUGAUGCGAUGUGACUUGUGUGAGACCGCUUUAGUACAGGUGCACUGUGAUAAAUGCAUUGUCAACCUAUGUAAGGCCUGUGUGGGAAAACACAUUUCCAGAAGAGAAAACAACGGUCACAAGGUAGUCAAAUUUCAGGACAGAAAGUCUCACUUGUACCCCACAAAUGACUUGUCCAAAUUGUUAAGUGGCACAUCCAACAUAAAUAUAUACAGAAAUCUUCCACAAGAACAAGAAAUGGCUCUAUCUUUACCCAAAUUCAUCCCCAGAGAAAUCAUAGGUAAAGAAUUCAAUAAACUGUUUGGAGCCUUAUCAUGUAAUUCUGUUAGUUCGGAUGAACAUAGCUACAACAAGAAGAAAAUACAGAAAUCAUCAGAGACAGUCAUCAAUUUUGUAGACACUGGGUAUAACAAACUUUACAAUGUUGCCUGCCUGAGUGAUGAAGAAAUCUGGACAAGUGGAAAUGACAGCACCAUGAAACUUUACAGCAUCAACCAGGGAUCACUGCUCAAGUCAAUAUCAACUAAGUCUGGGAACAACACUUCAGUCAUCGGAGUGACAAAAGCCGGAGAUCUUGUUUAUUCUGAUUUCGAUGAUAGGACUGUGAAUAUAGUGAAGAAUAAGGAGACAGAGGAGGUGAUAAGACUACAGAACUGGAGACCUUUUGGUGUCUGUAGUUCCUCCUCUGGUGACCUCCUGGUUACCAUGCUUAGUGAUGAUGAUUACCAAUCAAAAGUUGUCCCUGGAGCUGUAGUGGUGGUCAAUCUUGCCGGGAAACUGAGAUUUAGUUACACCGGACUUACUCCUGCUCCAAAAUAUAAACCAUUCAGUCCACGAGGAAUCACCACAAACAUUCAUAACCAUAUCCUUAUAUCUGAUGUCAACAAUGAUUGUGUCCACAUCAUUGAUCAGGAUGGAGAGUUCAUCAGUUACAUACCCUGUGGACUGACUAAACCCUGGGGACUGUGUACAGAUUCAAAUGACAAUCUCUUUGGUGCUCAAAUGGAAAAAAGACAAGUGAAGAAAAUAAGAUAUUUAAAUGCCAUUGAAUACGCCACCACUGCAUAG